GGGUUUAUCAGCUACCUACACCCAUGAUCCAAGCCACAAACCGAUGCAAGGGUCUCAAGCUAGAACGUUCGUAUAUCUACUCUCUCUACUACAUCGGUGUCCACUGCUGCUGCCGACAGUCAGUAUAUUUCAGAUACGUCGGGUGGUGACUGUGACAACCUGCAAGUCAGAAGUUAGUCGCGCAACGAUCGACUACAUGCAGCAUGCAUGCAGAGUAUGCCGAGGUGUCAUGCCGAGACCUAGACCUGAGUAAGCCAGAUAUUAAUUAUUUCCGAUAUUUGUACAAAAACCGAGUUAUUUUCGUGGGAAUGAGUUAUUUCG